AUGAGGUCCAUGUACGAGUCAGGAAAGACGGCGCAGGUUGCAGCAGACAUGAGGAGAAACUUUAGUAGCCACUCAGACCUUAUAACAAGUGACAGAAUCAACUUGGAAGAGACACGCUACACAUGCCAUGAGUGUGGGAAAAGCUUCAAUCGGAGCUCUGCCCUCAUCUCACAUCAGCAAAUCCAUACCGGAAAAGCGCCCCACACAUGCUCAGAGUGCGGGAAAAUCUUUAGUCAGCGCUCAGACCUUAUCAGACAUCAGAGAAUCCACACAGGAGAGACGCCCUACACGUGCUCUGAGUGUGGGAAAAGCUUUAGUCACAGCUCUGCCCUUAUCAGACAUCAUAGAAUCCACACAGGAGAGAAGCCCUACACAUGCUCUGAGUGCGGGAAAAUCUUUAGUCAGAGCUCAGACCUUAUCAGACAUCAGAGAAUCCACACAGGAGAGACGCCCUACACAUGCUCUGAGUGUGGGAAAAGCUUUAGUCAGAGGUCUACCCUGAACACACAUUGUAGAAUCCACACAAGAGAGACGCCCUACACAUGCUCAGAGUGUGGAAAAAGCUUCAGGCGGCGCUCUCAUCUUAUCACACAUCAGAGAAUCCACACAGGAGAGACGCUUUACACGUGCACUGAGUGUGGGAAAAGCUUUAGUCAGAGCUUUGUCCUUAUCAGACAUCGUAGAAUCCACACAGGAGAGAAGCCCUACACAUGCUCAGAGUGCGGGAAAGUCUUUAGUCAGAGCUCUCACCUUAUCAGACAUGAGAGAAUCCACACAGGACAGACGCCUUACACGUGCACUGAGUGUGGGAAAAGCUUUAGUCAGAGCUCAGACAUUAUCAGACAUUGUAGAAUCCACACAGGAGCGAAGCCCUACACAUGCUCUGAGUGUGGGAAAAGCUUCAAUCAGCUCUCAAACCUUAUCAAACAUAGGAAAAUCCACAUGGGUGGUGGGAUGCCGAGUGAGAAGGAGGAGCACGAACCUCAGCAGGAAGAUGCUGAGCAAGGCGAACCACCCGGGACAUUAUUGCAAAUAUCUGAGGAGGACGAUUCCAGGAGUCGUGAGCAGAGAAGGGCGUGA